AUGAAGGUCCGAAGGGGAGCAACCGCCGCGGCGUUGGUGGCCGGUGCUGCUGCGCAAACCACAAGCUCGCAAUCUCUACCAGUCUCAUAUACGACCAUGACCGUUGACGACUGCCCGAGCGCGUCGCUGGAGACUCUCAUCACCGUCACGCAAGGUCUGACCAUCACCUACUGCCCUGAAUGCGAAUGGGGCGGCAGCGGUGGCCCAACUCUAGCACCCACCACCUCAAAGGGGCCAGGCCACACCACCACCUACACCACCACUUACCUCUCAUUAUGCGAGACUGGCACCGUGCCAGUUACAUACACUGUCACCGAGAGCUGCGAAGAGCCAACGCCAACCUGGACUCCAGGCCCAAGCCAUAUUCCCAACGGCUUCACCGUCACCGUCAAGGAGUGCACCGUCUGCGACAAGACUCCAGUGCCAGUCACCAUUACCGAGCCAUGCGACUGCGACGCGACCAGCGGCAUUCCAGCUUCACCCAAGCCUACCUCUGAAGGCGGCAAACCACCAAUCCAGCAGAUUCCCGAUGGCCAGGUGCAAAACCCAGCUCCAGGCGGUGGUUCCGGCAGCGGUCCAGCACCAACUGGCUCUUGGUCCAACCCAGACGAGGGUUGCGAUGGCACGUCUUGUGGCGGUUCUGGCAGCGGCUCUACUCCACCUCCAUCAGGCGGCUCUGGCUCUAACCCACCAUCAGGUGGUUCUGGAUCGAACCCUCCAUCUGGCGGCUCUGGUUCCAACCCACCAUCGGGCGGUUCCGGAUCAAACCCACCUUCAGGAGGCUCAGGCUCCAACCCACCAUCAGGAGGCUCAGGCUCCAACCCAGCCUCGUCCGGCGGCAACAAGCCACCAGUCCCAUCUGGCGGCUCCGGCGGCGGCUCCACGCCACCAUACCCAACAACAUCCGCCGCCGCACCACAGUGCCCCGGCCCAGAGUGCCGCGCCAAAGCCACUGGCGGUGCCGGAGGCCCAGGAGACAGCUACCCGACCGGCAACACCAGCAACAUCACGCCACCGCCAUACGAGGGCAUGGCAUCGACGAGCCAGCUGGGCUUCAUCACUUCGAUCGUUCUUUCAUUCAUCGUCGGUGGAUUCGCAUUCGCUCUAUAG